AUUCUGGGGAAGGAGCAGCACCAAAUCCAAGAUGGCGGCCAGCAGGAGGCUGAUGAAGGUAAAAGCCAUUCUCUGGCAGCGGCCGGGCGUGGGGCGGCGUCCCAGGCUCCGGAUCCCCGAGGCAUCCGGCGGCUUCUCAGGGCGCUGCCGUCUGGCUCCCUGCCCUACACGGCCUCGUCGGUUCUCUGGGCCGCGCGCAGGCUCAAGGUGCUAACGGGGCUGGCCUAGGCCGCAGCCUGGGCGGGAGCGCAAGGCCGCGCUGGGAGCCGCUGUCGGCCCCUCAGCCCGGCCCGGGGCGUUCACGCCACUCUCUUGGCCGCGUCCCCCUGUCGCGGAGGCCGCGCUCCGAUCCGAGGGCGUCGUUCAUGUGAGAGCCCGGUUGGGAGGCUCCAAACCGGGCGCCUUCGGGGAAGGCCCGAGCGCCGGAGCCCCUGCCCGGAGCCCGCGCCGCGGAACCGCCCCGCCCUGGGCCGCAGCGCGCCGGGCUUGCAGCUCCGCUUGGCCCGGCCGCAGCUCGGGAGUCUGGGAGGUUCGGGCUAGGAAAGAGAGAAGGAGGCCAGGCGGCCAAAGUUAGGUCAGUUUGUUGGUGGGUCGUUUGGAAUUGCGCUGGGUCCUAGCAAACUGUCGCCUUGUGACUGCAGAGUCACACAGCGGGAGCUUGAAGAAAUCCGCAAAUGUGGGAUGAAAAACUUCCGUAACAUCCAGGUUGAUGAAGCUAAUUUAUUGACUUGGCAAGGGCUUAUUGUUCCUGACAACCCUCCAUAUGAUAAGGGGGCCUUCAGAAUCGAAAUCAACUUUCCAGCAGAGUACCCAUUCAAACCACCGAAGAUCACAUUUAAAACAAAGAUCUAUCACCCAAACAUCGACGAAAAGGGGCAGGUCUGUCUGCCAGUAAUUAGUGCUGAAAACUGGAAGCCAGCAACCAAAACCGACCAAGUAAUCCAGUCCCUCAUAGCACUGGUGAAUGACCCCCAGCCCGAGCACCCGCUUCGGGCUGACCUAGCUGAAGAAUACUCUAAGGACCGUAAAAAAUUCUGUAAGAAUGCUGAAGAGUUUACAAAGAAAUAUGGGGAAAAGCGACCUGUGGACUAAAAUCUGCCACGAUUGGUUCCAGCAAGUGUGAGCAGAGACCCCGUGCAGUGCAUUCAGACACCCCGCAAAGCAGGACUCUGUGGAAAUUGACACGUGCCACCGCCUGGCGUUCGCUUGUGGCAGUUACUAACUUUCUACAGUUUUCUUAAUCAAAAGUGGUCUAGGUAACCUGUAAAGAAAGGAUUAAAAAUUUAAGAUGUUCUAGUUCUGCUCUCUUUGUUUUAAAAAUCACUGCUUCAAUCUACUUCAAAAGAAUGGUGUUUCUUUUCUUGUCCAAUUUUAUCCAAAAUCUUCAAGUUACAUUUAACCCAUAAGGUUUUAAAAAAAAGGAAAAAAAACGGUUGUGGUUCCCUUUCUUCCCUACUCUUGCCACUCCCACUUUCUGGCACCGAGUUUAUUUUUCACUUACUUACUUCCCCAGACCCCGGGCUCGCCUCCACAAAGGAGAAGAGACUGCCCUGGCGGUCCUGGUGGCUUUUCUUAGCAUGUGUGGGACUGUUGCCCAGUGUGGGAGUUGGUUUAAAUUCUCCUGACUCCAGUUUAUAACAUCCUUUUAAAAAAUUUAAAAACAAACAGCCACACCCCUCCUCCAGUCCUUCUCCUCAGUUCUUGUGUGAAACUCCAGCUGAUGUUACCACAGUAACAUCAGUUAAUUGGGCAAGCCCUGAUGUCAGUGUGUGUAACUGACCUCUGGCCUGGCCUGCACAGAGAAGCCCUAUAAUCACAGGUCUGUGGUGGCCCCGAAAUGGGGGGCCUGCUAGUCAGGAGGAUGCUGUGCACACUGUGUGUGAUGAAUCUCGCCAGAAAGGCUCCUGAGGUCCCAGGUUGGCACUUCUCCCUGCAGCCAUUGUAGAAGAUCUGCUGGUCCUUGCAGGCAAAGCUACAGCCAGAAUGUCCGUUUGAAACUCCUAGCUCAUCUGUCACCGAGCUCCAUCCGAAUGUGCCACGGAGCUUGCUCUCCACUUCCUCCAUGCAGCGGCCCUGCCACAGCCCUCCCUCGGCACACUUUGACCCUUUGUAGGAUUGGAAUUAGCAGGACUCGGCUAUUUAAAGCACCAGUCUGGGGUCGCCUGGGCCCCUGCUGACCCCUUCCUCCAGAGCAGCCAGCCCAGCCCAGGAACAAGACGGACUUCCUCUCCCUUCGGACUCACAGCCUUUGCAGAGUCAAGCUCCACUUGAAGCUCACUCAGUAAUAUCCUUUCAAUGUGUUUUAUAUUGUUUUGACUGCCUUUUUUUGUAGAAAUAAAAAUUGACCUUAGAAUUUAUCGUCAGAUAAACUUGUAAAGAUUUGAAUAUUAAUGUCUUUUCAAGGCAAAUGGGAUUGUCCCCGCACUAGUAGAGAAUCCAUGUCGCUCUGACACCCCAAGGAAGCCGACGAUCCAAAUGCCGUGUGUCACCAACCCCGCUUCUGCCACUGGCAGCUUCCCUUCUUGGCUCUUGUGGGGGACUAGAUCCUGUGGAGAAGAUGACUUAAACUUUGCUUUUUGUUUUAAUUUUAAUUCUAUAACUUGAGAUCUUUCCGGGGCCUACAGGCGUGUAAGACAGCUUGGUCUGGUCUGUGCAGAAGUGGGGAGUGAUGGGCAGGUUCGGCAGCCUAACAUUGUUCAGGCGCAUGGCCCCUGCGGUGUGUACACGAACUCAGCUUCUUUUGUCCUAGGUACACCAAGGGCAGGUUUCUGGAGACUCCCUUGUGCCCGGGAUGGCAAGGGCACUGGGCUGGCGUUUCCACAUCUGUCUUCAUUAGCAGAAAAGUGAUGAUGGAUUUUAUUUCACUCACACUCCAGUUUGUAAUAAAAUGCCAAAUUCUGUCAGAAGCUAUCCAAACAAGCCACCAUUUGUUCUUGUUGCUUCUCUGGAUCCAGAAAUGUUGCCAUUCUUGGAAACUGUCCCAUUGCUUUGUAUUUCUGCCAACGUAGCUCUGCCUGCCUGUCACCCCCUCACUGCACUCUGCUCAUCACGGGAGGAUACCUGUGUGCCGGCAGCCCCUCAGGGACUCUCAGCCCUGGCACUGGCACCCCAGGGUUGGCCCCGUCAGCAGAGGCCUGGCUUUCGAGCCAGUGGGUGUCUCUCCUUCGGGCCUGGGCGGCUUGCUCCUGCCAGCCAUGCCUUCAGGGUAGGCUCUGAGCAAGCUGGCAAACAGCCCUGGCUGCUCUAAAACCAAAAAGCUGGGUCCUCUGGAGGAGGGGCGAGCUGUGGAGCAGCCACCCACUGCUGCCCCAAGCUCACUCAGGAAUUCACACCCGCCUGGUUUCUUGAAGUGUGCCGGGUCCUUCCCUCUGCUCCCUACUCCCCACCACGGCAGAGAAUAGGCUUUCUAAGAUGCUGCGAUCCCGUUCUGCUGCCCGUAAUAAAAAUGCUCUCAGACACUG